AUGAUAGUUUCCGGCCCAAAAACUCAGCAUACGCUCCAUCAAAGAAACUCAAGAAGCUAUAUAUAUAAAGACCCUGUGCUGCCAGUCAGGAUUACAAUCCCCGAUCAUCAUCAUCAUCAUCAUCAUCAUCAUCAAUCUAUCUGUUUCGAAUUCCUUCGCCCAGGUGGUUGGGCGGUCUUGAAGUUCGUGGAGGAGUACAAGAAACUCAGCAUGGGUGUAUAUCUAAGUGCUCCCAGAACUGAAAAGUACUCAGAGGAUGGUGAAAGUGAUAGGCUUAGAUAUGGUUUGUCAUCCAUGCAGGGGUGGCGAACAUCAAUGGAAGAUGCUCAUGCUGCUUUCACUAAUUUGGAUGUUUCAACCUCUUUCUUUGGAGUUUAUGAUGGCCAUGGGGGUGAAGAAGUUUCAAAAUUUUGUGCCAAGUUUCUCCAUCGACAGAUGUUGGAGGAUGAAUCUUUUUUAGCUGGUGACCUUGGUACUUCUGUUAGAAAGGCCUUUCUAAGAAUGGAUCAAAUGAUGUGCGGAAAAAAUGGACAGAAAGAGUUAGCAGCAUUAUUAAGAGGCAAAGAGGACCAGAGUAGAGGUAUUGGAGAAAGUAUGCUGACAACUGGUGAAGAUACUGGCCAAACAGAUUGCUGGUCUUCUGAGGAGGGAACUCCAUCUGAUUACCAUGGACCGAGUGCUGGAAGCACUGCUUGUGUUGCAGUUAUUCAAAACAACCAACUGCUUGUUGCAAAUGCCGGCGACUCUCGGUGUGUCAUGUCUAGGAAGGGACAGGCUUAUGAUAUGUCCAAAGACCACAAGCCAGAUAUUGUUGAUGAGAAAAGAAGGAUACUGGACGCUGGUGGUUAUGUUCAAUAUGGUCGUGUGAACGGGAGCCUGAACUUGUCAAGGGCCAUAGGUGAUAUGGAAAUGAAGCAAAAUAAAUCUUUGCCUGCUGAAAAGCAAAUUGUGACAGCUGACCCUGAUAUAGUCACUCAUGAGCUUACUGAGGAUGAUGAAUUUCUUAUACUAGCCUGUGAUGGGAUAUGGGAUUGCAUGUCGAGUCAAGAAGCAGUCGACUUUGUGAAAGAACAGUUAAAAAAUGAGAAGAAGCUGUCAGUGGUGUGUGAAAGAACACUCGAUCGGUGUUUGGCACCAUCGUCCGGGCAAGAAGGCUGUGAUAACAUGACAAUGAUUUUGGUGCAAUUUACAAAAAUUAUCGAUGCAAAAUUAUCUGAUUCGAAUGCAUCUUCCAUAGAGCAGCCUGGAUCAUCUGUACAGUGA